GCAAUGCCACUUCCUACUACGUGAGAAAGACCAUGAUGACUUUGCAGGACUGCCACCUGCUCCGUUCCCAAAAUGAUGGCAUCUGCCAGAACAUUCGGGUUUCCAGCCUGUGAUGCUCCAGAAGAUUCAUACUACAGGAGAGACAAUUCUGGACACAACUAAGAGGAAAUUUAGGGAAAAUAUCCCUAAAUAUCAUCAGAAGAGCUCUGAACUGCUUCAGAGAUAUAAACCAUGCGUUCCAGAAGUAACAGCUCAGAAAGCCCAACCAGACCAAAGCUGAGCCAGCAAAGGCCGAAAGACCACCAUAAAGAAGAGGUUGGUUACAGUGGGAGAGGAAACGUGCAAAGGCGGCAGAAGGAAAAGGACGAUGUAGCCCAAGCCAGUACCAUCCUAAGAAGCCCUAAGGCAGAAAAAACCCAAAGAAGUUCUUCCAAGAAAAGAGAGGAUCUCUCUCGUGAUGACUUGCUAUUUCUUCUUAGUGUCCUCGAGGGUGAAUUACAGGCUCAAGAUGAAGUUAUAGGAGUACUUAAGGCUGAAAAAAUUGACUUGGCUUUGCUUGAAGCACAAUAUGGCUUUGUUACUCCAAAGAAGGUGUUAGAGGCCCUCCAGCGAGAUGCUAUUCAAACAAAGGCUGAGCAGUGGCAAGAAGAUAUCUACGAAAAGCCUAUAGGAGAGCUUGAUAAAGUUGUAGAGAAACAGAAAGAAACUCACAGACGAAUGCUGGAGCAACUUCUAAUGGUAGAAAAAUCACACAGACAGACACUGUAUGAACUAGAAGAAGAGAAGAGGAAGCACAGCAAAUACAUGGAAAAAAGUGAUGAGUUUACAAACUUACUGGAACAAGAAUGUGAAAGAUUGAAAAAGCUUCUUGAACAAGAAACAGCAUAUCAGGCAAAAAAAGAGAAGGAAAGCAACAAGAAAAUAGCUGAACUGAAAGAAGAAUUGACUAAACUGAAAUCCUUUGCUUUAAUGGUGGUGGAUGAACAGCAAAGACUCACUGAGCAGUUGAAUCAACAAAGUCAAAAAAUUCAAGAAUUAACCACUUCUGCACAACAAGCACAAGAGAACCUGGCUUUUGCUGAAGCAAAAGUUCAAGAAGAGGAACGGAGAGCCAGCAGGCUGGAGGCUGAACUUCAAGCCCAAAGCAGUAAGAUUUCCCAAGACCAAGAAGCAAUGAUGGCCAAACUAACCAAUGAAGACAGUCAGAAUCGUCAGCUUCGGUUAAAAUUAACUGCUCUCAGCCGACAAAUUGAUGAGCUGGAAGAGACCAAUAAAUCUUUACGAAAAGCAGAGGAAGAACUGCAAGAUCUAAGGGAUAAGAUAAAUAAGGGAGAGUGUGGGAACUCCACGCUUAUGACCGAAGUAGAAGAACUACGGAAACGACUGCUGGAGAUGGAAGGAAAAGAUGAAGAGCUCAUAAAAAUGGAAGAUCAGUGCAGAGAACUUAAUAGAAAGUUAGAAAAAGAAGCAUCGCAGAGCAAGAACCUUAAAGGGGAAGUUGACAAACUCAAUAAAAGAAUUAUUGAGCUGGAGAAAUUAGAAGAUGCUUUCAACAAGAGUAAACAGGAAUGUUACUCCCUGAAAUGCAACCUAGAAAGAGAAAAAAUGUUAACAAAGCAGUUGUCCCAUGAGCUGGAUGGCUUAAAAGCUAGAGUUGGUGAGCUUGAAGCAAUUGAAAGUAAGUUAGAAAAAACUGAGUUUACCCUUAAAGAAGAUUUAACAAAGCUGAAGAGUCUAACAGUGAUGCUUGUGGAUGAAAGAAAAACUAUGGGUGAAAAAAUAAAGCAAACAGAAGAAAAGCUGCAAGCUGCAACUUCUCAGCUUCAAGUAGAACAAAAUAAAGUGAUGUCCGUUACAGAAAAACUAAUUGAGGAAAGUAAAAAGGCACUGAAAUCAAAAUCUGAUGCAGAGGAAAAAGUGUCUAGUGUUACAAAAGAAAGAGAUGAACUGAAAAACAAACUCAAAGCAGAAGAGGAAAAAGGAAAUGAUCUUGUUUCCAAAGUGAAUAUUCUAAGAAAAAGACUUCAGUCACUGGAAGCUGUUGAAAAAGAGUUUCUUAAAAGUAAACUUAAGGAGAGUAGUAAAUCCACCACGUCCUUGCAGCAGGAAAACAACAAAAUCAAAGAGCUUUCUCAAGAAGUUGAGAGGCUUAAGCAGAAGCUGAAAGAAAUGAAGGCCAUAGAAGAUGAUCUUAUGAAAACUGAAGAUGAAUUUGAGUCUCUAGAACGAAGAUAUGUCAACGAACGGGACAGAGCCAAGCUCCUGUCAGAGGAGCUGGAGGCUGUGAAAAUGGAAGUCACUAGGUAUAAAUUAACAGAAAAGGCAGAGUCCAAUCAAGAGCAGCGCCUUUUUAAGAAGCUCAAAGAAGAGGAAGCUAAAUCAAGUCACCUUUCCAGAGAAGUAGAUGCACUAAAAGAGAAAAUUCAUGAAUACAUGGCAACAGAAGACCUAAUCUGUCACCUCCGAGGUGAUCAUACAGUCUUGCAGAAGAAACUCCUUCAGCAAGAAAACAAGAACAGGGAGUUAGCAAGAGAAAUGGAAAGCCUCAUGAAAGAAUUGGAGAGGUACAGACGCUUUAGCAAGAACUUCAGGCCCAGUCUCAAUGGAAGGAGAAUUUCUGACUUGCAAGUUUUUUCUAAAGAAGUCCAGACAGAUCCAGCAGACAAUGAGCCACCCGAUUACAAAACCCUCAUGCCUUUAGAGAGAACAGUCAUAAAUGGGCAGCUGUAUGAAGACAGUGAUAACGAGGUCAAAGACAACAAUGAGGAGGAACAAGCAGUGUCUUUCAAAAGCAACCCACCCAUUGCAAAUGCCGUGAACAAAAAAUUGUGGAUCCCUUGGAUGAAGUCCAAAGAGAGCCACCCUCAAAAUGGAAAGAUUCAUACAAAGCAAAAUGGAAACUGUGCACAGACUGGAGACCUCGUGCUAAGCCAUACACCUGGCCAACCUCUUCACAUAAAAGUAACUCCAGACCAUGGACAGAACACAGCAACACUUGAAAUAACUAGUCCUACCACUGAAAGUCCUCACUCCUACACAAGCACAGCAGUUAUACCCAACUGUGGUACUCCAAAGCAAAGAAUAACCAUUAUUCAAAAUGCCUCCUUAACACCUGUAAAAUCAAAAGCAGCAGAAGGUUACAUGAGCCCAGAACAAGUAAUUUCUCCUAUUACUAUGGCUACUUUUGCAAGAUCACAAACCCCUGAAUCAUGUGGUUCUUUAACUCCUGAAAGAACAAUGUCCCCUUUGGCUUUACCAGGUUCAAGUCCUCAGGAACAAAUACUCUGCUCGGAGCCUUUGGAAAUGGGAGCCAAGCAUGCCAUUUUUAGAGUAUCCCCAGAUAGGCAAUCAUCAUGGCAAUUUCAGAGAUCUAACAGUACAGGAUCAAGCGUAAUAACUACUGAGGACAACAAAAUCCACAUCCAUUUAGGAAGUCCUUACAUCCAAGCUCUCACCAAUUCCAAGCCCAUCAGCCCUUGUAAUCCGGUGCAAGACAACAGAACUCCAGCACUAGCUAAUGGCCUACCCAGUAAGCCCACCAAUAAAAUCACCAGCAGUAUUACUAUCACACCAACAGCCACUCCUCUCCCACGGCAAUCACAAAUUACAAUUACUGAUGCGUUCCGUCGUUCAAUUCCAACUCGGAUCCCCAAACCAAAGACUGCAAGCACAACCAAAGUACCUGUCAAAAUUCCUGCCGGACAUUUCAACAAACCUCUCCAAGACAGCAGUUCUGGAAAGCUACGCAUUAUAAGGACUGUGUCUAAAACCUGCCUUCAAAGUGGAGGGAGAAGAGUGCAUUCCAACAGUCUAAAUGGCUCAACUGAUAAUUUGUGGGAAAACUCCUUUCACAUAGGUCUUUCUUUAAGAACUGCCAAAUCCUAAUUCCUAAAUAAAGCAAAAGCUGGUGGUGAUCACAGUGCCAUAGCCAGAAUCGUGAUCCUUUUGCUGAAGCAAGGAGAGAUUUCGAUGCAUUCAGUUACCCGAUUUUUUCCCUUUUAUUUCACAGCUAAAAGUUUAACCUAACUACUGAGACAGUACAACACAUUAGCACGGCUGCGUGACUAUUUUUGCAAACCCACAACAGAAACUUACACCUCCCUCAACAGCUCUACAGGAAAUUCUCUAGGAGUACUUAAAAAAACUGAAAAGUUUAAAAAGAUCAGUCUACUGAAAAAUUGUUUCAGCUUGUGUCCUACAAGACACACUUGUGUCAAAACGCAGAAAUUAAAGAAUGACUCUUCCAUAUUAAAAAGAGGCAGCUUCAAAUUUUGUUCACUAAUCUGCAGGUAACUAUAAAGUUCUGAGGCUCCAUGUCAUGUACGCUCAGAUCCAAGUAAAGUUCACAGAAGCACACCAUUAUUUGUUCUGCAGCUUGCAGAACGAGUGUAUGUAAACACAAAGAAACACAAAUUUCAAAACAGAGCUGUCAACUUGGCAUGCUUAUUGGAGAGAUCUUCAGUACAAGAACAAGUUUCAUCAGAAGGGACAGCAACUCAUGGAUUAGUCAAAAAAAAAAAAAGAUACUCUCUAUACACGGGUCCACCAACAGAUCUCAGCUCUGAUCAAACAACAAAACUCCUACUGAAUGCACUACAAUGAACAGUCUGCUUCUCAGUAGUUCAAAUCAUGUAUUACAUAUUGAUGCUAUUCAGCACCAUUUAUUGCCAGUCUACAGAAAGAAGAGAAAACCUCUGGCAAAAGAAAUUAAUUACUGCAAUAGCAUCCUUUGCUUUAGAGCCCACAAAGGACCCCACAAGUACUGUCAAAUCAUCCUCCAUGGUACCAUAUUAUACUUCUCACCUAUUUGUACUGCUGACAUAGAAGAGGUUCCCUGUCUUUUGCACCUGUCUUGGGAUGACACAAUUAAUUUCUACCUAUGAGGGAUAUGGUCCACAUAAGCUCUUACUUAAGGAUCUAAAUAAACAGACAAAGGGGGAUACUACACUCUUAAGGGAUUAAGGGAGACAAAGAAAGCAUGGAGAAUGAAAGACAAGGAGUGGUAACAUAAAAGGAGGAAACUGGAAGAAUUUCUGAAAAAUAGAAGUCCAUCCUUCUCCCUCAAACUGCUCGGGAGAUGUGGCAUGCUGGCUACAGGCAAGAUACGAACAUUUAUAGUGAGAAGUGCUCUUUCUGUUCAUGGAGAGAAGAAGAAAAAGUUGGUGUCUUUCACCAGUACUAAACAAACUCCUUAGUAUUCCUUAUCCUCUCCUUCAUAGUUCUGAAUGCAAUAUAAAAAUCAUGUUCAAGACCAGACAUAGUUGUGACAUGAACUGAAAAAAGGGAGGGAAGGAAGCCCUGCAGUUAAAUGACUUGGGACACGGGUAACACUAAACAACACUGAUGAGUAGACAAUGACCCCUAACCACUCUCUCCACAAAUAUCCUCUCAAAGUUAAAGGUUUGCUGAAGAAGUUAUUGGGCAAGAUUCUUUCGUUUGUGUAGUGUGACAAGGUAAAUAGAUGGCUAAUCCCUCCAGGGUUUUUUUUGUCGGUUUUGGCUUUGGGGUUUUUUUUACAUUUAUAAGCCACCUGCAGCAGGGUAAACAUUCAUGUCUCAAAGUGACAGUAAUACCUUUAAUCUUUAUUAUGGCUUCUAAAAUAAUGAUUUCCAAUGAUGUGGCCAAAAGCAAAUUAAGAACUACUUAUAUAUCCGUAUACUAGGAUAUAUAUUUUGUGUUUUCAUACCCUUCAAGUCAGUCUGAACACCUUUCAUCCACUUCAUAUGUAGUAGCAUCUACAGAGGCACAGUCUCAGAAGAGUAGCCUCUUGUAACUACAAGUUGCUAAAAUCUAAGACACUUUUGAGGGCUGAGUUAUUAUGAAGAAUAUUCCAUUGGUCAGGACUUAUUCUAGGGCUAAAGGACUUGGCAAAAGAUCAGUAUUUAAAAAGUACAUUUUGAAUACUUCUGCUUUGCAUCUACAGCUGUGGCAGAGAUGCUUUUCUAAAAUAGGUCAGCAAAUGAAGUUGGAUAGUAAACAUUUUUUUUAAUGAAACCUGAUGUUUCACAGAAAUAAACUUGAUCAAGUCUGUCAAAAGUGCUCGCUAAUAGGCAAUUAUUUUCUUGUAUUGCUGCUUACACUGUACAUUGUAAACCCUGAUUUCCUAUUUCAUGCCAACUGAUUGUAAAGCAUUUUACAGUAUCCAUAAGAUGUGGUACAAAUUAACCUUUGAUUUUACAUCUGUUGUACGUGAAAAAUAGCUACACAAAAUAAAAGUAACAGAUGUUAUUCUUA